AUCUCAAACGUGUCAUGUGACCAACCAAUUAACGAACAAGAUGGCUGCCAGUGUGCAGUCAAUGCUAGAUUUCUGGAAACAGUUUGAUUUACAAGAACUUCAGAAAGACCUAGACACGACUGCCACUGAGUUAGCCAGCAGACAAGACGAGAGCGACACAUCACGGAAACGCCUGGUAGAGCUGUCCAGAGAAUUCAAGAGAACUACACCAGAGGACAUCAGGAAAAUUGUAGCACCAUUGCUGAAGAGUUUCCAAGGGGAGAUAGACGCUCUAUCAAAGAGAAGCAAGGCUGCAGAGGCCUCGUUCUUGUCUGUAUACAAGAAACUUAUUGACUUGCCAGAUCCGGUUCCUGUCCUAGAGUAUGGCCUGCAGCUUCAGAAAAAGGCUCACAGAGUCCAGGACCUGGAAAUAGAAAACAAACAGCUCCGAGAGACGCUUGAUGAAUACAACCACGAGUUCGCUGAGGUGAAAAACCAAGAGGUGACAAUCAAGCAGCUGAGAGACAGGUUAAAAGAAGGAGAAGAUAGAAUAGAGGCUGUUGCUGAGGCUCGGACUAAGGAGAAGGAACGGGAGCUCCAGAAACUGUUUGCGGAGAAGGAACGCCAACUUCAAGAAACACAGAUAACAGUCUCGAAAAAACUCGGAGAGGCUGAACAGAGAGUUGCAGCAUUAACUAACACCCUUGAGAAUGUCCAGUCAGAACUGUUCGAAGUCAAAGCCAAGUAUGACGAAGCAACUUCAGCCAAACACGAUGAGACAGAGAUGAUUAUGGCAGACUUGGAGCGCGCCAAUGAACGUGCAACAGCAGCUGAGCGCGAAGCAGAAAAACUGAAGCAUCAACUUACGAGUCUGAGUGAGGGGCUGACCGAGGGAAGGUCGAGACAGGGACCACACGGUGGGGACAUGGAGCAGGCCAUAGAGAUUCUCCAGCGCUCCAACCUGGAGGCGGAACUUGCGGCUAAGGAGAAGGAGAUCAGUCAGCUGGUUGAGGAUGUCCAGAAGUUGCAGGCCUCCCUCCAAAAACUAAGGGAGAACACAUCACAACAGGUGGGCCGUCUGGAGGAGGAGCUGUCUGCUAAGAACAAGGCGUUCAGUAUCCUGGAGGAUAGACUCAAGACACAGGAAGACUAUGAGGAGAUCAAGAGAGAACUCAGUGUCCUGAGGUCAGUUGAGUUUUCCGGGAGCGGUGCAGAUGAGGUCGAUGGAGAUGUGGGCAAGUCGAAGUCCCUGGAAGUACUUGUUCUUGAGAAAAACAAGGCUCUCCAGACAGAAAACACACAGCUCAAACACACCUCCAAAGACAUCUCAGGAAAUACAUCACCUGCUCUAUCAUCGCACACAAAAGACUUUGCAAGUAUGCUCGGAGAAGAAAUUGCGGAAAGCUAUCAGGAAAGGAAAUCGCCAAAGGAGUUGUUGAAAAACGGUCACUCAACUUCAGUCUCUCCGACAUUUGUGGCACCAAAGAAAGAAAGGGAACAAAAGUCCCCGAGUUCUGUAGAUUCAGGAGACAUUCCACCCCAAGUGCCGAUUUCUCCGGAUGUUUCGAAAUCACUGCUUUAUCCGUCAAUUACUAGCGACGCAUUGCGUAUACCGCCACCUUCCCCCCAUUUUUUUCAUCCGGCGUUCACAAACAGCCAUCUGAUGGCUAACUUUAUGGGCAUGGGGAUGAAUUUUAACAAUAAUAACAAUUCCCAAAAGUCGGAUCUUAAUGGCUGCCAAGGACUUGACACAGGCUUGGUGGCUAAAACUGUGAGAGAAUUGCUCAGUAUUCAUAACAUUGGACAGAGAUUGUUUGCAAAACAUGUGUUAGGGUUGUCGCAGGGCACAGUGUCUGAACUAUUGUCGAAGCCAAAAUCAUGGGACAAGUUAACAGAGAAAGGGAGAGAAUCGUACCGGAAAAUGCACUCAUGGGCAAUCGAUGAUAGAAACAUCAUGGCUCUCAAAGCUAUCUCACCAAAGAAAGGCAACCAACCUCUCCUACCCAGUAUUCAACGAGAAGAUGCAGCGACGGAAGAGCGCAUUGCUCAUAUUCUUAAUGAAGCCCAGGUUGCCAUGCAACAGAAGAAGUCUAUUGAACAGCAUAGCAUGGUGAACAGUAUUUACCAAGAGAUGGCUCGAUCCUACGGCCAGCUUCCUACAUCACAUGGUCUGCCUAUAAACAGCAUGGCAGCCAUGCAUCACGCUGAGCAGGUCCGCAAGAUGAGUGACUCUGAUCGACGGGAUAAAGUGGGUGACAAUGAGGUGUCAUCUAAGGUCAUGGUUGAAAGAAUUUACCGUCAGGAACUAAUGAAACUAGCUCAGGCAGCUGAGAAUGCAGGAAAUAUUGCAGCUAGCGCUCUGUACCAGCAGGAGCUUGCAAGACUCGCCCAGAACGCGAGGAUGAGGGAUGAGCCCGAGCCUGGUGAGGUUCGUCACAUGAGGGGUUCCCCCGACAGGGUCUCUGUAAAGACCGAAGCCCAAGAGGGAGCGGAGGAUUUGACAAACAUGUCCAACGGCCCCAUAGAUCUCAGUAAACGCAGCACAUCAACCCCAAGCACCCCAACAUCAGGGGGAUCAGAUAAAUCGCUCAAUAGUUCCGCUCAUGCAGGAAGUGCCUUCUUUCAAAUGCAUCAAAAGAUGAAUGGUCAUGAUGUCGGUGAGAGGGUAAUCAAGUCUGAGCCUUCUCAGGUGCCGCACGCAGCAUUCCCCCACUUUCCACCCUCGGACACCUCCUCCUCGCCUCUCCAACGAAUGCAGAACAUUGCCAACUCCCUGAUGAACCGCUCCCAGAUGGGCCAACCUUGUAAUAAGCCGCUCAAGGCGAUCCUCCCACCUAUCACACAGGAAGAGUUUGACAGCUACGCUAACAUCAACACCGAGGAUCUUGUCAAGCAGGUCAAAGAAACCCUUAGCCAGUAUUCCAUUAGCCAACGCUUGUUUGGAGAGAGUGUCCUGGGACUGUCCCAGGGGAGUGUGAGCGACCUGCUUGCUCGGCCAAAACCGUGGCACAUGUUGACCCAGAAAGGCAGAGAACCGUUCAUACGGAUGCAGCUGUUUCUCGAGGAUGCAGAGGCUAUACCAAAGCUGGUGGCGUCACAGUAUCACAUCGCCCCAGAUAAACUGAUGAGGAGCAACUCUUUCAAUAAAGAACAAGAUUUGGAUCACAUGCCCAUCUGGCAGGGUAUGCGGGGUCCUUUCCCGCUAGCUGGUCUGCCAUUGGUCAGUCAAUCGUUGAACCUUGGACUCUCAGUUGCACCUCCUCCUCCUCCGACUGAUAUGAAGCCAACUCAGCCCACCCCGCCCAUCUCCCGCCCGGCCCCCCACUUGCCCCCCCACUUGCUUGGGGGUACGGGGGCGCCCCCUGUCGAGCACCCACCACAUCACCCACUGUUUCCCCCGCACCACCCACCACCAGCUCCACACCUACAUUCAAACUGGACUGCCUUCUCCUAUCCAUCCUCCAUGUUGGAAGUGGUUGCCAUGACAUCUGAAAUCGACACGCUUGACUUAACAAGCCGGGUCAAGGACGUGCUCCAGUUUAACAAUCUGGGCCAGAAGCUGUUUGGGGAGGCCGUUCUCGGGCUCUCUCAGGGCUCCGUGAGCGAGCUACUCUCUAAGCCUAAGCCCUGGCACAUGCUCAGUAUUAAAGGAAGGGAGCCAUUCAUUAAAAUGCACCUGUGGUUAAGUGAUCCAAAUAAUGUAGAGAGACUCAAGCAUUACCAAAAUGAGAUUAAAGCCAAUCGUCGGAGGCGUCAUAGUCUUGAAGAGAAGUUUGACUCUCCAUCGCUUGCCUUGCCAAAGAGACCACGGGUCUUUUUCUCUGAGGAGCAAAAAGAUAAGCUUAGACAGGCAUAUAAUCGAGACCCCUACCCAAACCAGACCACCAUUGAGGUUCUAGCUUGUAAUCUUGGGGUUGGGGUUAAAACUGUCAUCAACUGGUUUCAUAACCACAGAAUGCGGGCCAAACAGCAACAGCAUGCCACCAGCCCAACUGGCCAGUACAGCGAUUACAGCCAGUCUGGAAUGGGCAAAGAGGAGUCCAAUGAUGACAACUCUAACCAGAGCGACAUCUCAGCGUACUCCGAUAACAAGGAAGCUCUUGCGGCUCUUGGCUUCCAUUCACGGUUCAUUAAUCCAGAUACAAACCAAUGGAUGUUCCCGAAGUUUGAGCCAGUUAAUUUGGAUGCCAAACGGGGGAGCCAGGGGUCUGAUAACAUGGAUGGAAGUGAUGGGUAUGAGGAGGAGAUGGAUGAUGAAGAUUCCUACGCCAAAGAUAACUCACAAAAUGCCAAAGAUGACUAUGAUGAUGUUAUGGAUAUAGACAAAGAUGAUCAGAAUUCAGAUGACUCUCAUACAGAGAGGAGUGAGAGAGAUGAGGAAUCUGGCAAAGGUCAGGUCAACUCUAAUUCUGCCACCAUGGGGAGUGGGGCAAAUAAACGCAAGCGAUCUCAUCCACAGUAUGUUUCGGCCGGGAGACAUCUAGAUCGUACAGUAAGCAUGCUCGCAGCAUCAGCGGAGAACAAUAAGGACAAUGAAACUGAGAAAGGUAGUGGAGAAAAUUUAGAAGUAAAAGGUGAUUCAUUUACAGAAGAAAAGAAUGAAGUAGAAGCAGCAGUAAAUAGCUUGAAAGAGAUGAAGGAUUCCCAACUGGGGGAAUCAGAUGGUGUUGAUAAUGAUAAACUACAGGAAAGGGGAAGUGACCCCACCGGUGAGGAUUGGGCGUUCUAGGCAGCAUUACCGUAGUAACAAGAAUACCCAUAAUUGCUCCUAGUGGGCACAAACAGACAGCAUUCGGAAGGUUGUUUGGUGAUUUAGUUAGUGCUAAUAGACGCUCGUAAGCAUGAGUUGCUAGGCCAUUGAAAAGGAGUGUUCAGUUGCUUUAAAACGUGUCAUAGAACUACAAGUUAAAUGUGAGAUUUGAUUUGAUUUACAGUUUUAGUAUGUUACAGUUUUGUUCUAGUGAUUUUGACAAGAAGUAUACACAAGGGUAUGUCUAGACACAAAAAACUACAAGUGCUGAAAAUACUACAAAGUAUUAUAAACUUACUAUUAUUUGAUUUUAUUUGGUUUAUGUUCAUUUAUUUACUGCUUUAUACUAAAAGCUUUACUUGUUUUGUAGUGAGUUAAGACUGUUUUACAGAGGCUUUAAUCACAGUGACUUAAAAAGUUUUAUAUUUUAACAAUGGAGGGUGCAGAGUAACCCAACAAAGGAGGGUGUAGUGUAGCCCAACUAUGUAGGGUGUUGUGUAACCCAACAAUGGAGGGUGUAGUGUAUCCCAACCAUGGAGGGUGUGGUGUAACCCGUUGUUAACGUUUAUGUGUUCAUUAACUGUUUGGCUCAGCCUUUAUACUGUUACUUAUACUGUUAUGAAUUGUUUUAUCAUCCAUUUAUGUAAAUAUUGAAAGUACAUGGAAAAAUAUUGCGCAGUGUAUAGAAAUUGAUCUACAUGAAAAGAAGAUGGAGCCAAAAGAGAAAUAAGGAGAAAAACAUCUUUGACAAGCAAAAGGAGACUUUUUCCAAGGGAAAUUUCAACCCUGCUGUGCUAUGUUAUAAUUGGUGGUGAACGUGUACAGGUGUAAUGUAACCUCUCUAUCUGCAUUUAUUGCAUGUGUUUGUUGUUAGGGUUAGGAGAGAUAUUUUUAUACAGACCUAUUUUUACAUUUACGUAAAUUGUAUUCACCCUUUUGAAAUGACUGUUGGUACUUUUAUCCCAUACCUUUUCCCAUAGCUUAGAUGUUUACAUGAAAUGUUGAAGUGGACGAAGAAUUUUAGCAAGUGUUUAUGAACCCAAUAAAUAAUAUAUGCUGACAUUAAUAUCAGGUUCAAUCUAACUGGUUAAUUUAAUUGAAAACUCAAAAUAGAACCAGAAAGCAUUUUUGCACAUGUUUGUGCUAUUGGUUUUGUUUUUUAUUUGACAUGAAAUUAUUCUGUUACCUAGGAACCGUGAGAAUUAGAGUAGCAUGUUAGCUAGUGUUACACUCAAGCAUUCCAGCAUUGUGUGGUCCAAUUUCCCAGCAAAAUCCAUAUUCCUGUACGUCUCCAACCAUCGUCCUUUUUAGAAGCUUUUAGUGAUGCUCAAAUUCUAACGAAGAUUUCACCCGCUAAAUUUUAUUCUUUUGACUUUUUCCCAUCUAGAGCAGUUUCAGCAUCCUACUUUAUUCACAUUUAAAGCGAAAAUUAGUUUAUAUAUUUUUUGUGAAGAAUUCUUAGAAAGCUGACGUGACAUUAAAAUGAUAGUUUGUGUGAGUUAUAAUUUGAUUGCCGCAGUCAUUUUCAUUGGUUGUAUAUUUUGAAGUUCCGGAGGGAAGCUUAUUAUGUAGUAGCAGUUGUAUAUUAGCUUGUGCAAUAAUACCAGGACCAGGCAGUCUUGCUCAUUAAUAUACAUGUUCUAAUGCAUUAUGUCAUAUAGCAUUCUGGCAAUGCUGAAUUUGAAAAACUUUAUCUGUACUUUCAGUAAAUCUUUUUUCUUUAAGAAUUAUUUCUGCUCUGAAGAGACCAAUCAUAACCUCUUGUAAAUUGAGUUGAAACUUUAAAAUCAUGUUUCUAAGCUUAAUAAGAAAGCCCAGUAUUAUAUUCAAAAUGAGGAGAUAUGAUACUUAACAGGACUAAAUAGGACUGUCAUUUUUCUUCAUUCAUUAUAACACUAUGUCCUUUUAUAAGCCAUCAAAAAUAGGUACAUUUCUGGGUGAAAAAAAUAAUCUUCAGUGCUCUUCUGUAGAAAGAUAAUUAUAUCCCUUGAUGACACAAAUAUUUUUAUUAUUCCUCAGCACAAAUUAGGGCCUUUUAUGCUAUCAAAAAGGAGUUUCUAUAUAUAUCUUCAUUUAUUUUUCUUUCUGCAAAGAGUUAUGUCCCUUGGUGACAAUAAUUUCACAACGCCUAUUACAGAGUAAUCAUCUUUUGUGUUCACUGUAGACAUUGAUUGUCUGGUCCAUGGGCCCUCUUUAGGUUGUAGGAACUAUUUAACUUCGCCUUAAUUAUCAUUUAUAUCCUUGUAGCUUUAUAUAACCAAAGAUAUAUUUGUUUUAUUAAAAAAAGUGUUCAUUUUUUGUUAAUAAUUUUUAGUGAGUUUAUGUUGUUUGAUUUCACGUUUUUAUGUCAGGAUACGGUAAUGGGACUGUGCAAGAAUUUACCCUGAUAAUUAUAGAACUUGAUGUUCACUUUUAUCUCGUUAUUUGGAUGUUAAAGGUACUUACAUUGGUUCAGGAAAAAAAUCAUCUAGCAAAAUAGACACAAAGAUUUUAGAUUGUGCAAUACAGAUCACAGAGUAGUCAAUGGCGUGUGUUCAUUUGGAGAAUUUAUUAUUUUGUUAAACCCUUAAUGAUUUUGCUCAUAUAGUUCUUGGGGUAGUAUACUAUUAGAACUCAUCGUGGUUUACUGUUAAUUAAUAUUAAACAUGUAACUUUAUAGAAGUCAUCGCAAGCUCAAUGAAACAGAUUUAUACAUGUAAAAAAUUGUCAAUGGAGCGAAUAGCUCUGAUUUAAAAUUUAAAAAAAAUUGUCUCACACAUCUAAAAUAGUUUAUUUUCUGUCCAAAUUUGUAAUUUUUAGCCAAAUUAAUGUUAUAACACCCAAUCUCUAGAGAAGGAAGAAGUGACAAGCCUUUCUUUACCAAUUGAUGUAUGGGUCUUGAUUUGUUGAGCUUGCUUGCUUUCAUGUGUUUUACAAGUGUGUCUUCCUUGGAAAUUCAAAUCAAAAUCUGUAUCAGCUUCAAUGUAGAAUGUUUUAGGCACAGAGGCUCUCCGGUCGUGUUGUGAAGAUGUCGGAUCCAAUCUCUGUAAAAUAAUUGUAUUAUAAUUACUUAUUGAUAUAAAUAUGAUGAACCUAACAAUCAUUUUAAUAUUAUAAAAACACCCCUUCUGUUGACUUGCAACCAUGAUUUAAAAAAAAAUGAGAAAGAGUUUAGUAUUACAGUGUAUGCAUAACUGUCAACAAAGCUCGAAUUUUUGCACCAUAAACUUUCACACAAUAAAUUCUGUACACAUUAUUGUUAUCAUUUUUAAAGGGAAAUGUAAGUUUUUGCAUUCAUGAUUCAGAUAUCUCUUCAUCCAGGGUGUUCAAUGUUAAUCCAUGGGGAUCCAUGUUGGGGCUGGCUUUGGUGUGACUGUAGCUUUACUAAUUUUAAAUCAAAUCAAUAGAGAUGAACUUGUGUUUUUAUUCUACAAAAAACCUGCUGUCCGUAUUGUUUCAAUAAGACAUUAUAAUUAUCAAUUAUUGAUUUCAUUAUUAGAUAGAGAUUGGAUGCUAUGUCUUCGGUAUUUUGAUAUUUUUGGACUGUGCCAAAACUGUAUGACUUAUAGACUUUUAACUGUGUCGGACAAUCAGUACAAUUGUGCAUAUGCAACAUGUAUUGACAUUAAACUGUAGUUGAUUAACAUGAAAUUUGUAAAUAAAUGUGACUAUUUUCUGCUUAAUGGUGAAAAACAUUAUACACUUUCUUUUGGGACCCUGUAGAUUUGUUUAUCUUUGGAAAGUAAUAACACUAGGUCAUCCUUGAACAUUUUGUGGUUUGCAGCUUCAUACAGGUUUCUUCGCCUAUACCUGGCCCCUAUUUCUUGAACAAUCUUGAGUCCUUAAUAACAGCACCAAACUAGGCAACCUAUUUUUGGUUUUAUAUAUUUUGUGUAAUAUUCUCAUUUUAAAGAGUGUUGAGAAUUUUAAAGGAAAUUAUCUCGCAGAUUAUCAUGAUAAACAUUUUACUUUGUAAAAUCAAAUUUAAGAAAGUAUUUUGGCUAAUUUAUUUAUAAAUACAGUGAGAAAUGGGGGCCACUGGUCAUAUCAAAUUUGAGGUUGGCCUUUUCAGUGCUUCAGAGACAUUUGCCACUGCAAACAAACAUCUUUUUAAGGAUGUCAGCAUUUGGUGUUUUAACUGAGAGAUUGUUGAUUAUCCCAGAAAUCCUGUUUUAUAAAAGAAUGAAAUUGUUUUAAGAUGUGUAGAUUUUAGGAAUACAACUUAGUUGUUUCAUGUUGUUGGGUGGUUGACUGUUUUUGUUUACAUUUUAAGGGUUAUGUAGGUUGACUUUGGUACAAAAGCUUUACUAAUGUAUAUAGUCCAAUGUCGCUGUUUGUAGCUUGGUAUUUUAUUUUGUCUUUAAUGUAUAAUAGUCUACAAAACACAAGCUUUAAACUUAAAACAUCCCAGGGUUUUUUACCUGAGAUGUUUUUGGGGUUUUAAUUUUUCACUUUACUACAAAUGUGGUUAACUGUGUUUUAUCCCAAACAAGAAAUUUGCGCUAACUGUGUUAAUUAGAAUCACACUCCUUUAUAGAAAAAUAUAUCACAGAGCCUGAUGGUUGACCACUAAACCGUUGACUUUCUUUUAUUGCACUUAUACCACAAUCACAUGAACCAUUUAAAUCUAGCUAUUUACUAAAAUACCUUAUUCAUUAAAAGAACAGCUGUUUAAAAUUCAAUGUAGAUUUAAAUAGUAGUUGUAUAUUUUUGUAAAUAGUAUUUUGACUUUCUCUGCAUUUAUUUGUAAGCUGUACAUAAAGAUUUCAGCUCAUAGAAAGUGUUUUACAUUUGAAAGCAUUUUAAGCAUAUUUUUUUCCAUUUUCUUUCAUUUUGUAAUAUUUCUCAUGGACCUGUAGCCAAAGAUUAUUUUGUAAACAUUAUAUCCUGCCGAGGGUUUUCCUUGGUAUUAUUAUUAUAUCCUGUAUUCAUAAAUACUAUUAAUUUCUGAAAGAAAUUAUGAAACUAUGUCAUGUUUGAUUUAUAUUUUAUUUCAAGCAGAAAAGGAGAUGUUUAUCAUAUUUUAUUACUAUUUAUGUUAUAGUUUGAAAAUUUUACAUGUCACAUGUUAAGCUGUGCAAUUAAAUUGACUAAUAGACUUAAUCAAUUUAGAAAAAAUGAUGUUAAUAGAUGAUAUUUUUUUUUCAUCAUUAAGUGUGUUCUGUUCAGUUCUGAAGUUCUAAUCAGACAUUUAGCAAUCCUCAUAUCUGGGCAAGGUCAUCUGAAAGUUCAAUCCAUUGCAUUGAUUUAUCAUAUGAUAUUUUGCCAAAACUAGAGUAGCAUCAUGCCUUAGACAUUUGCAUAAGAAAGCAUUUUCAUUUCUGGUGAAAUCUGCAAAAAACCAUUCCAAUAAUUGAAAAUUAGGUAAACAAUCAUUGCGAGACUAAAUAGUUAUAAUCAUCAGUUAAAAUUUAGGCUAGACGAAUAUAGUUGGAAUGUUAUUUUUAUUACAUUUCGUGUUUUCUGAAUGUUGUUACUAUGUUACUAUUGGCUCAAUGUUAUAUAUUAUAAACAGUAUUUUAAUCAGAAAAUUAACAUUUGCUCUAAAAUCAUAUUGUCAAGGUGUAUUAUGGUUUAAUGUGCUCAUCAUUUGUUUCAUUUAAAAUAAUCAAGCUGUAAUUUAAAAUAUUAAAAAAAUCUUCAUUUUUCAAGUUUUGCAAAAAUAUUUUCUCGAAGUUUAUCACAUUUUUUUACUUGAAUUUCUUUUCAUAAAGGUUGUAUUUCUAUUGACUUGAGUAUUUUUAUUGUUCUUUUGAUUUAAUUGUCAACUGUUGAACAAUUCUAAGAAAUAACAUUUAUGUCCGUUGAUAAUGAUAUUUUACCAUGUGAAUUCAAUCUAAACAUGUACAACUUAAACUUUACAUUGCAAAAAUUGAUGAUAAAUUAAAAUACACUUCCUACAGAGAGACAGAAGAUGUGAAGCAGUAUUUCAAGUAUUAUGAUUGUCAAAAACUGGAGCAAACUAUUGCUCUCUUAUUCUGUUGUAACUUUGGAUUCAACCCUUUUUCAUAUAUUGAUUAUUCCUUAUUUUCCCUUGAAAUAAUGAUUUAGCAUUUGAAAAGCAAAAACAUGUUGCCAUAGUUAUGAUAUUAUGUUUGAUGUCUUAAAAUGUGCUAUAAGCCCAUUUCUGCGGACAUAAGAAAUAUCAACUCAUGAAAGGGCUUUGUUUUCAAGAAGUUUCAACUUCAAUGUUAAUAUCUACAAAUUAAUUAUUGUGUAAUCUUCAGGUGCUUCAGAUAAAUAAAUAAAAAUAUGUUACCAUG